CUUAUUAAGUUCGUAUAUUUUAUUCUUUAUAAAAAAUUAAAUCCUAUAAAAGACUUAGUAUAUAUAUUUAUUAAGACUAUACUCUCGAACUAUAGUUUACUAAAAAAAAAUUAUUUUAAAUAA